CCCUCCCACGAUCUUCAGAUUCAAGAUGGCUGCUGGGGACUACAGCGGCAGGCCUCCCUCCCUAAAUUUCCCCGGCCCAGGGCCUUUGGGAAAUGGCCAGCCCAGCAACAGUGGUUAUUCAAUGCCUACGCCUGCAAGGCGCCCCAACCCGCAGUCGGAGCCUGGCGGAGAAGAAAGCGCCGGUGUUGCAGCUGGAACUCCACCGAAUGUGCAGAACUCGAUUCAGCGAGCGUCAGCUCAAAGCGCUGCGGCAAGGGGGGCCUCCGGAGCAACGGCAUCGAAUGUUUCCGCUGCGAGUGUACCAGGAACCCAUUCCUCACUGGCGUCAGCACCACCGGCCGCUGCUGUUUUGGUUUACCGGGAGCCGGUGUACAACUGGCAGGCGACGAAAAGCACCGUAAAGGAACGGUUUGCUUUCCUGUUCAAUAACGAGGUUCUGAGUGACGUUCAUUUUCUGGUGGGGAAAGGUAUGGGAGUGCAACGAAUACCCGCACACAGAUUCGUUCUCGCUGUGGGCAGCGCAGUCUUCGAUGCCAUGUUCAACGGGGGUAUGGCGACCACCUCAACGGAAAUCGAGUUGCCAGAUGUCGAACCUGCAGCCUUUCUGGCAUUACUGAAGUUCCUGUACUCUGAUGAGGUCCAGAUAGGACCUGAGACGGUGAUGACCACUCUGUACACGGCUAAGAAGUAUGCAGUGCCAGCCUUGGAGGCCCACUGUGUGGAGUUCCUCAAGAAGAACCUGCGGGCUGACAAUGCCUUCAUGCUGCUCACUCAGGCUCGACUUUUCGAUGAGCCCCAGCUUGCCAGCUUGUGUCUAGAGAACAUCGAUAAGAGUACCGGAGAUGCGCUAGCAGCUGAGGGUUUCACUGACAUAGAUCUGGGUAUUGUAGUUCACUCUACAUAUGGUAAUGCAUUCUUGAAAUGCGCAUGGCAAUGUUUGUGUCUCAUGACGAUUGCUCUCUCCCUCCUUUCCUUUUCACUCUUUCCCCUUCUCCUAUGUCUUCCCUUCCUUCCCUCUCUUCUUCCUCUCUGUCUUCUCUCUUUCCCUCUCUUGUCCACUCCCUCCAUCUUUCUACCCUCUCUCCCUCCUCUCUCAGAUACUUUAGUGGCUGUGCUGGAGCGGGACACUCUGGGGGUGAGGGAGAUGUGUUUAUUUGUUGCGGCGGUACGCUGGGCAGAGGCAGAGGCCCACCGGCAGCAGCUACAGUCCACCCCAGAGAACAAACGCAGGGUCCUGGGCAAGGCCCUCACCCUCAUCCGCUUCCCACUCAUGACUAUCGAGGAGUUUGCCGCAGGACCGGCCCAGUCCAGUAUCCUGACAGACAGGGAGGUGGUGAGUCUGUUCCUUCACUUCACGGUGAACCCAAAGCCCCGCGUAGAGUUCAUCGACCGGCCUCGCUGCUGCCUCCGGGGGAAGGAGUGCAGCAUCACACGCUUCGGACAGGUGGAGAGCCGCUGGGGCUACAGUGGGACCAGUGACCGUAUACGGUUUUCAGUGAACAGGAGGAUCUUCGUGGUUGGCUUUGGCCUCUACGGCUCCAUACACGGCCCCACAGACUACCAAGUCAACAUCCAGAUCAUUCACACAGAUAGUAACACAGUGCUGGGUCAGAACGACACAGGUUUCAGCUGUGAUGGCUCAUCCAACACCUUCAGAGUCAUGUUCAAGGAGCCGGUGGAGAUCCUACCCAAUGUCAACUACACAGCCUGCGCCACACUCAAGGGUCCGGACUCUCACUAUGGGACCAAGGGAAUGCGUAAGGUGACUCACGAGUCGUCCUCCACCGGCACCAAGACCUGCUUCACCUUCUGCUACGCCGCGGGCAACAACAACGGCACCUCGGUAGAGGACGGACAGAUCCCUGAAGUCAUCUUCUACACCUAGUCCCCUCUAACCUCACGAGCUCAGGGUCACUGGACUGCUGAGAGACUCUGGCCCUGUUAGAAUAUGGAAUAUGUAACAAUUGCCUAUCUAACCCGUGGCCCUUCCUUAGUCUGAUUGUACGUGAUUGGUUGGAUUGUGGGAUGUGGAAGCCACACACCCAGUUCUGUCAGAGUGGUGAGGUCACAGAGGGAGGGAUCAAGGUCUUUAUCCAUCUCUCAACUUCCCCUUCCACUGACCAUGGAGAGGGGUCUGUUUGAUUUGUUACUUUGACGAAAGGGAGGACUGGGGUUAAAACCCGGACUGGGAAGAGUCAUAAACUGGUCAGAACUAUUGACUCUUACUUGGGAAAAGGAGGAAAGCUUGACAUGGACUGUCUGCCGGGAGCGAGAUGCAUCCAGCUACGCCGAUAUACGAACUUACUGUUACACUACCAAUCAGGAUCCAUCCAAUUGAUCAGUGACCCACCAUGCUUCCCUGACUUAAAUUCCAGUCCCUAGCCCUUUAGGAUGCACAAAAACAUCUUUAGACAAUGUUUAACCAUCAGGUUAAACUGUUGUCUUUGGACUCAUGUCAUUUGCCUGUUCUACAUGGAUUUACGCACGGCUGCAGGAUGUUCAGCUCUCGCUACCACUACGAAAGUCGGGUCCAUAAUAGCCAUCUUUGGCAAUGAGCAAAAAAAUAACUAAAUUGGAGCUGCAUUAUGGAAAUAUUCAUUUUUCUAAAUUUAAGAUUAAAAUCCCCAGGGCAGUCUAAGGCCAAUGUUGAUUGUGGAGAGUUUUGGGCUUAAAUGUUCUGGUAUUUAGAAGGAAAACAGCCCCAUCAGAUUCACCAUAGGUAAAAGCAUCUUUAUUUCCCAAAGCCAUUAAAUCAGACUCCAGGCAGUGCCGUGCAAAUAAGUAUGGACUAAAUUAACCAAAGCCAUCAUAAUAUACAGCUUCCGAUUGAAAUGUAGGUCAUUUCCACCUGAGUAGAACAUACAAAUGCAGUCCCCGCUAAGAGGAAACAUUGCCUUAAUCACACUAAAGCUGAACUUUGAUGCACACUGCUGGCCAAGGAUCUUUAGCAUGUUUGCAUGGGUCAAAUGAAGUAUUCAGGGAACAUUACACAAAUAGUUACUGGCACAUUAAUGAUUGUAUAACAAAAUUGUACCAUUUAUAUACUAACAAUCCUCUGGCUGUCCUGAUCCACCAUCAACUCAUAAUCACUAGUUACCAUUUUCUUUAUUUCAGACCAUUCAAAAGCCAAUAAAGACAUCCACUCCAUGUACAA